ACCAAUACGUCCUUCUCCUUGUUCUUGUCGAGCUGGUUCUUCUCUCCGACGAGUGAUUGCGAACGAAGGACGUGCCGCGUGGUUCUUGUAGUAUAUAAGCGCUAAGUUAUUUAUUUUAGUUUGUAAAUAAUGGCAACACAAGCUGUUCCGAUGGAGAACGGAGAAGACUUUUCGAAAGACGUGUCCGCCGAAGUGCAACAAAACGGUUCAGGAGAUGCCCCGCCGAUGGAUAGCGGUAGCGCAGUUACGCCCGGCCGAGACGACGAUAGGAAAUUGUUUGUUGGCGGCAUGAGUUGGGAAACUACAGACAAGGAAUUGCGGGAACACUUCGGACAGUACGGCGAAAUCGAAAGUAUAAAUGUUAAAACGGAUCCGAAUAGCGGCCGGUCGAGGGGCUUCGCCUUUAUAGUAUUCAAAACGACGGAGGCCAUCGAUAAAGUGGUGGCGGCCGGCGACCAUGUCAUAAACGGUAAAAAAGUGGACCCUAAAAAGGCGAAAGCGAGGCACGGGAAAAUAUUCGUAGGCGGUUUGACGACUGAACUAUCCGACGACGACAUUAAAAAUUACUUCGCCCAAUUCGGAACGAUCAUCGAAGUCGAAAUGCCAUUUGACAAGCAAAAGAAUCAAAGGAAAGGAUUCUGUUUCAUCACAUUCGAAGCCGAACAAGUCGUUAACGAACUGUUGAAAACACCCAAACAGACCAUCAAAGAUAAAGAAGUGGAUGUAAAGAAAGCCACGCCGAAGCCGGAUCAGAUGGGGCCGAUGAUGAUGAUGGGCGGCAGGGGGAUGCGAGGACGAGGCGGUAUGAGGGGCGGUCGCGGAGGACGAGGCGGUUACGGCAACCAGAAUUGGAAUCAAGCAUAUGGUAAUUAUGGCGGAUACAGUCAAGGCUACGGCUACGACAGUUACGGUCAGGGUUAUGAUUAUUACGGUGGCGGCUAUGGCGGAUACGGCGGUUACGACUACUCCAAUUAUGGAAACUAUGGUGGUUCCGGUUAUCAAGGCGGCGGUAAACAGAGAGGAGGCGGUGGCGGCGGUGGCGGUGGACAACGCAACCAAAGGCACCAGCCCUACUAGAUGAAAAACACGUUCUGGUGUGAAAUGUAAAAUAAAUACAUUCAUUAUGUGAUUCAAUUAAUUUUUUCGGUUCAUCAUAGAGUCAUUUCAUCAUACAAACAAAAAUUUUCCAAAUCAUUCCAUUUCGAGACGGUGUUUGGAAAAUGCCGAAAACGUACAAAAAAUUUUUAUGUUCAACAUGAAAAGAAUCGAGAUUUCUUUGUUUUUUCUUCUUUUUGAUAAAUUGAUUAGGAAAUGUCUUCGAUAUAAUUAAUAAGUUGCGAUUUUUGUUAUAAUAAUCAAUUAGUAAUGAUGUAAACGUAGCAUUUAGGUUUAUGUAUCUUGUGUACGAGUGAUGGGAGGGCGAUUGUGUACUUCCAUAUUAGUAUAACAGAAAUUUAAUAAAUUCGAGAAAGUUUUGUCUAUUUAAUUUUUAAUUGAGCGUCUCUGUUGAUUGAAAAUAGUUUUUAAGAUAAGUCUUCUCUGCGAUUUUGUAAUGAUACAAUGUAUUUCGAUUUUCAGAUUAAGGUGUUGUCCGUUGGUGUGUUGUCUUUGAAAAGAUAAUUUCGAAAAAAUACAUUACCGGAAUUGAACCUCAGGCGUUAACAUUUUUUUUUAUUUAUAAAAUAAAAAUAUAAUUAAAGUA